UCAACGUCUGCUAAGUAAGCCGCGCUCGAGAACCGCGUCUCGGCGAAGCAAGGUUAGGCAUGAAUGCAAACGCCCGCAUCGCUUCUCAUCUACGGCUGCUGUGUGUGCCCGGAAGCUAGCAUGGGCCACGCGUGUGUACUUCCUGCGGCCAUAGCCAGCAGCUCGGAGCCAUUCAUCGUGCACAGCAGUCCUGAUAUGUAUGGCGUCUGAGCAGACCCUGUGUCGUCUCCCGCUUUCACCCUGGACUGUGGUCUGACAAGUGCGAUCGCCCCCCUCCCCGUCGCCUGACGAAUAUUCUCAAUGCUGCACCGUUCCAUGACGACCAUCCUCCCAGCAGCCAUUGCGUUGCUUCUCACCUUGGGUUUCAGCCUCGCGGCGUCCGUGAAUAGGACAAUCGAUGACUACUAUGGCGAUUCUGUGACAGGUGUUAAGCCAAUCUAUACGGAUGGCUGGGCUUAUGGUCCAAACUGUUCAACGUGCACCAUCACGCCGUUCCUCAGCGACCUCUUCGAUCGCUCGUGGCACGAAGUCACCGCAUUGCUCAAUGAUCCGUAUCCCGAGAACGUCACGAUCACCUUCGAAGGCACGGCUGUCUGGGUGUACUGUGUAGUCCCCAAUUUCCUGAACCACAGUACUGGAGCGCUUACGUCUGUCAACAUCACUUUUGAGGUCGAUGGCAAGAUGGACGGCUUCUAUAUCCACGAAGCCGAUGGUACCAACAACUCGUUCUACUAUAAUGUCACCGUAUACAGCAACACAUCAUUAGCGGCCGGAGAACACACAAUAAUCAUGUCCCCGCAGCGCGUGAGCGGUGGGUCCUAUAUGGGACUUGACUGGGUACAAUACACCACCACAAACUCGUCAACGAGCCACCAGCCAAGUGUACCCCUAUCAAGUGCGCCAUCAAGUAUCUCGACCACUAUGGGCACUUCAUCAAUGACCCCACUUCCGCAUACUCACACGCGAGUCGGUGCUAUAAUUGGCGGAGUGAUCGGCGGGAUAGUGGGCGUCCUGGCCAUCUGCGGACUGGUUGUCUAUCUACUAUACCGGAGGAGACAGCAGAAGAGAGCAGUCAGAGACGAGAUCGAGCCAGAAGAAGCGGUCCAAGAAGCCAAACCUAGCACCAUCGAUCCCUUCACGUACGCCAGCGUGAGCCAAGUCGCGAGCUCCAGCGAAUCUAGACAGGUGUUGAACGUCGGCCAUAUGCGUUCUCUCAGCUCCCCGGAGCCUGAGACAAGCUCGCUUUCGCGUUCUGCCAUCACCACGUCGACUGCACCACUCACGUCGAAGAAGGCCCGGGCGGAGACACCGUCGUCUGGUCUUCGAUCUACUGCCACGUCGACAGAGCCACCAUCUCCUCCACCAAACUCGGAGAGCUUCCGGACGUCACCGACAAGCGGGUACUAUGGUGGUGCAUCGCAAUUCGGAGAGCUCUCUCGCCAGAUCCGCGAGAUGGAGCAGACGGUCGCCGAGUUGCGGCGGCGGCAAUCGACGGACCACCGCGCGACUGCGUCGCUCAUGGCAUCCACUCAGCCGAGCAUCAUUGGCUCUGUCCCUCGGGAUGACGUGGAAAUCAGGAGGGAGAUCGUGGCUCUCCAGGUGGAGGUCGAGAGACUUCGGGCGGAGCAAGCUUUGCUCAGCCAGGAGGCCCCGCCGGCUUACGAGCCUCGAGAGGAUGAAGACGCAGGUGGUGAAGCGCAGUUAGAGUAGUCCUCGCUUAUGCUUGGCUUAUGCGCGUACGAAUCCGAUACGAUGUAACGUUCAUGUCAUGUCAUUCUUUGUCUAGUCACGUUUGGAUAGUAUGAUUCGUGUUCACUAGUACAUGACCACCGCUUCCUCUCACCCGAAAAUGUCAUACAUAGGGAUGCCUAUAGGUAUAGAUUGGGACUCAAAUUUGAUCAGUUGCGUGUGUACCGCGAUCUCGUCAGUCUCACUGGCAUCUCACUGGCAGUUGUGUUGAAC